CUUUUGAAGUGGAUAUUUCAGAUAGUUAAUAAAAACUUAUAUCUACGUAUACUUAUAAUUUUUUUUAAAUUAAAUAAUAAAGGCUGAAGUUAUGAUUCCAUCUAACAAGCGCAUGAACAAAAUGGACGGUAAUCAAAAUAUAAAACGUACUAAGAAGGAAUGCAGUUACGGUGAAGCAUGUUAUAGGCUCAACCCGGCUCAUUUCAGAGAAUUCAGUCAUCCACAUUUGGAAUCAAUAUUGGACAAUUCUAAUGGUAGUGACUAUAAAAUACCCGAGAAAUAUAACUUACAAAAGAACAUGUUUAUUGACCAGUUAAAUAUUAUAGUUGAAAAGAAUUUGUAUGAAACAAACAGAAAAGUAAAAGACAAUGCUAGUUCGAGCGUGCCAAAUGAAAACCAAGAAGGAUUAAAUAAUAAUACACAAAAACAAUACAAUGCAAGCCCAAGUGAUUCACAGAUAACAAAAACGUCACAGAUAAAAGAAUCAGAUAAACAUACAGCUGAUAGAAACAAUAAAAAUUUAAAACCAACUUGUACACAGACUAUAAAUCAGUCGAGGUCAAAUGAAAAAUUGUCACAGAGUGAAAAUGUAAUAAGUGGUUCUGGGUGUGAUACAAGUAGACAGCCAACAUCAAAGACGGGAGAAAAAGUAAGAGAUUCCGACUACCGGCCCAUCGUUCCACCCACGAAACGCGCAGAGGAUUUUCUCAAAGUGGUCUUACCACGUGGCAAGAUGGCCGCCAAGCACGCCGCUUCAGCACCCUACCACAUUUUCUACACCACGAUAACGGACGCUAAGCAGACACAUACGCAGCCUUACUCUAUUACAUUUCAAGAAAUUCUCGACAGUAGCCUCGGAGAGUUAAAGUGUUCUUUGCAAAUCAACUUCAUGGUUGAAAUAGGAUGGCUGCUGGCGCAGUACUAUUUCGCGGGGUACAGCGCGAAAAAACUAACAAUAUUGUAUGGCGACGAUUGUUCGGAUAUGAAGAAUAUUAAUAAAAAGAAACCAAACGUCGAAGCGCAUUACGUGAACAUGGCAACACCGUUCGGAAAACAUCACACGAAAAUGAUGUUGCUCUGCUAUGAAGACGGGUCUAUGCGGGUGGUUAUAUCGACGGCUAAUUUGUAUAUUGAUGAUUGGGAAAACAGGACUCAAGGUCUAUGGUUCAGUCCGCGCUGCCCGGAGCUCCUCGCGGACGCCAUGCCGCACGACGGGGAGUCCCCGACGAUGUUCAAGCGCAGCCUGCUGCGAUACCUCGCCCACUACCACCUGCCGCAGCUGGCCUUCUACCUGGAUAGAGUGAAGAGAUGCGACUUCAGUCAUAUAAAUGUAUUCCUCGUGUCAUCAGCCCCUGGGUCACACUUCGACUUAGAUUGGGGCAUGACCCGUGUGGGUGCGUUGCUCAGGCAGCACUGCGAGAUCCCGCCCGCCGAGAACAGGUCGUGGCCGCUGAUCGCGCAAGCCAGCAGCCUUGGCAGCUACGGCAAUGAAGCCAAGUUAUGGCUGACGGGAGACUUCCUCCACAACUUUACUAAAAUAAAGAAUCAGCCGCAAACCUUGUCACAGCCACCGGAACUGAAACUGAUAUAUCCAUCACUAGAGAACGUGAAGCAGUCACACGACGACCUCCUCGGCGGAGGCUGCCUGCCUUACGCGGCGGACGCACAUAAGAAACAGCUCUGGCUUAAUGAUUACUUGCACCAGUGGCUCGCUACGUCAUCAAACCGUAACAAAGCGAUGCCGCAUAUAAAGUCGUACACACGCGUGUCGCCGGACAACAAGAUGGCGGCCUACUACCUCCUAACAUCCGGCAACGUGAGCAAGGCCGCCUGGGGGUCCCUUAACAAGGGCAACAGAGCCUUGAGGAUUAUGAGCUACGAGUGCGGCGUGCUGUUCUUACCUAGAUUUGUGAUAAAUCAAGACUUCUUCCCUCUACAAGAGAACGCUAAGAAUCGACUCAUAAUCCCAUACGACAUCCCGCCAACGAAAUACACGAGCAAAAUGUCGCCCUGGUUUUCUGAUUAUUUGCAUUGAAAUAUAUAAUAAAAUGUUUAUGUAA